AGGUUGGAUGUCGCUUGAGCGUCGACGUCACAGCUCAUCCUCAGACGAUGGUCGCCAUUUUGAUGACACAGCACAAGGACGGUUUCAAAAUGUUCGUCAGUUGUCUAAUGAGGAACAGUUUGUACAAGGAGCUCGGCGUAUGUAUCGCGUCCUAUCAAAGCGUGAUCCAAGACUGACUACUGAGCAAGGAAUCCGCAGACUUUAUGAUGAGAUUGAUAAUGCUGACUUCAAAACGCAAGAAGAGCUUCUUGAGCGAAUGUUCGGUGAAGCUGAAUUACAAGAGCUAGUUGGAGAAAGUAGUGAAGCUGUGACGCCCGAUGAUGAAGAAGCAUUUGUCGAAAACCUACGAAACACCGUGCAAGGCGACGAUCUGGAACCACUGGUUGAGGAAAAGAAGGGUCGAAAAAUCCUCAAAGCGAAGCUCAAUAAAUUCGAUAGCUUUGUGGAGUACUUGCUUCAAAAAAUCAACCAACAGUGGCUAACACUGAUCUACGCCGUAUUUCCUUUCCAUCAAGUGCAAACACUGGUUUUCAUCUGCUUGGUUCAGUUCAUUAGCCUUCCUUCACUUCUCUACUUUCUACCAGUACUAACUGCAUAUGCGUCAUUCUUUCUGAUGGUAUAUUUCACUUUGAAGAUGUUCCAUAACAAAAGCAUAAAAAGGCAAAGAAAGACUUGGAAACGCCUUUUGGAUGUAUUCAGCGAAAAAGGAGACGAAGGGACUCCUGUUGAAGGGGACUCUUAUUUUAUUACCGAUAACAACUGGGACACCUAUGUUAAUUUUGCAGUGUCUGUAUCUUUAUUCGUUUUGUCAGUUGGCGCUGCUGAUCGAAAGAUUCCAUACUGUAGUUUACUUUGUGGUACAUCAGUAUUCUUUGCCUUGAUGACAUUUGUCAGUUUGGCGGAUGCCUAUGACAGAUAUGCACUGUUCGGCAUUUUUGCGAAUUUGAUGUCUUGUUUACCCAUCAUUCUGUCGCGCAUGCGUAUUUCUGCAGGAUACUGGCGCAUAUGGCGCCCUUUUCUCCAGUUUAAAAUUAGCUAUUUGAUCGUAAGCUUGAGUUUACCAUCUAUUUGUCUGCUUUCAAUACCGGUAAUCUACUGCUUGAUGGCGUCAAGAACAGCGACGUGGACAGACGCCGUUCAUGCCAUCGUGCCACACAUCGUGACAAUAGUAUGGUCUGACGUCGCUAUGACUCUGUUGAUGAUAGGAUGGAAAGCUUUCGGUUACGUCGAUCUCAUUUUGGCUUGCUGUGCUGUCUCGUUGUUCUUCUUCCCUACUCUUGCAGCUGGAGUCCUAGUACUUGCCGUAAUGGUCGCGCAGCUCAAGAAUUCUAUAGACUUUAUUAGUUGGGCUAAGGCUCUGAUCACUAUCUUUGUGCUUAUCUCACCAUUUAUUGUCGCAAGAGUUUAUAAUUAUUUGGCGAACAAGUACAAGUUCAGUGUAUCUACUACUAGCCCUCAGAAGAAGAAAUGGAUCAUGCUUGGCGUUUAUUUUUCCGCGCUGUUAAUGGCAAUUUCAUUUUUGUACGAAGGACAGAUGACAUUUGAUCCAGCAGCUGAUGUCACUAACAUGACAUGGACGCACUAUGAUCGUUACUGCUCUCUAAAUUCAGCCAAUACUAUAGAGAAUCAGAUUACCUGUAGCCAGCUCAAAGGGACUGCUGUGAAUUGGAAAGGAACUGUUCAAUCAGUUCGAAUCGUGAAUAUAGACAAUUCGUUCGAGGCCUUGCUUGGUUACUUACCAGAAUCAAUCGGUCAAACAUUGCGAUGUUUUUACGACAGUAAUCGAACGACUGACGAUGUUGCGUAUGCUGAGGGUAUGAGAGCCAAUGAAUGCUCAUUGACUGAGCACAACGUUUAUACUUUCGAUGUGGAAGUAUCUGGACCAUACGGAGAGAGGAUUGUCAGUAGUGCAAAGGGUCAGCUGAUACUUAGUGCCGGACAUAUUUUUGCCGAGAUGCUGAGACUAGUGGAUGAAGGUGAUGUUGUGCGAUUUGUCGCUUUCUUCGAUCAGUACCCAAUUUUCCGCUAUCCACCUCGACUGAAGCUUUUGCAGUUGGAGUGUGCAAAUUGUAAACAGUUCCAAAAAGGAAGGAAUUCACAUCUGCGAGUGACUAAUUCUAAGAUCAGCCGUACUGGAUUAUGGCACCGAGUGUUUGAGGCGUUCAAAUUCUGCUUCAAUUUUAUGUUUGCACCAGUUGUUAGAGUGAAGUAGGAGCGAACGCUUAUUGAAGCGUCACCACGAGAUAGUGCGUGCCUUGCAUGCAAUUCAUUUUUACUAGUCAUCAAUUCGUUUUAUUUCUUAUGAGCAUAAUUCAUUGUACAUAUUCCUGUUUACUCACUUCUAAACUAGCACUUACCCUAGCUUUUUCUUACAUUGAAAUAUUUGAAGUAGUAUCUCUAGACUCUGCUAAGUCGCAGUUUUAUCCCCGUGUUCACUCAAUAAUUGUUAUCAGGUGUAAUAUUGCUUUAGCUUGAUAAUGUUGGCCAUAUUAUGCCUUAUUCUGAUUAGUAAAUGAUGUGCUUUUUGGAACUGCUUCGGCACGAAACAGGGCACAAUAAUCAAACAAAACACGCAACCACGUUGAUCCUACAGCACCGCAAGGAGGAAGUCUACGCAUGCAAACGC